AUGGCGGCCACUCCUCCGCCCGCGCCGCUGCGUGAACCGCGAGCUCCCAGACAUGGCGCUGGUUACGACUCCUUUGACCCGUAUCCUACCAGGCAUUCUGCGAGGCUCGCAACACAGCAGUCGGCCGACUCUCAUUCAACUCCUCCUCCGCCGUCGCCAAGGAAGUCUCUUCGUCAAAAUCUAGACACAUUGUCUCCUCCCAGGACGCUUUCUCCCCGCAAGAAGACAGCUCGUGCAAAGCCUAGGCUGGAUCUUGAUUCGUCCGAUCUUUCCGACGGCGCAGGAUCCUCGUUGCAUCGACACUCAGUCGCUCAAUCACAUUCAACCCUGCUUCCUACUCCUAUGAAAACUCCUCGCAACAAGAGGUCGCACACUGAUUUUUCUUCGGCUGCUCGAUCCCUCUUUCCUGCCGCCUCGAGCAACUCGAAAACCUCGAAGAAACCCUCUGGCUAUUCCCUGGGCAGCUUUCAGGAAGACAUUGUUGACAACCAUAAUUCCAUUGAGAUCUAUACCGACUCCCGCGAUCGAAUUCCAGUGCUGAACGAGAGCGUCGAUAAUCCCUUUUUGGGUAAUUCAGAAGCCAGAAUGCCUGUCAACAAAAACAAGACCGAGGCCAAGCGCCGCGAGCGCGUCUCUCGAAUCGCUGCAUCGGACAUUGACCCCAAGGAAGCUGUCAAACGAGAUGAUGGAAUGCUGUACACUUUCCGUGGAAAGAAAGUCUUCCGCAAAUUUGAGGAGAAACACAGUGACGACGAGGGCGAGAACACGGACGACGAACUAGGCUUCUUCGCUAUUCGCCCAGACUUGCUUGACAGCAGUGUCAAUCUUCAUGUUCCACGCUUGACCCGUUCCGCUAUCAAAGGCCGCCGCCUCUUUUCAACAACUACUCUGGAAAACACGCAGCGCACCGAGGAAACGUCGUCUCAUUCUGUGGAUGAGAAUGAAGAGGCUACUACCGAUAUUGAAGAGUCGGUUGAAACCACCGAGGGCACAGAUAUUGUUCAUUCUGAAGCCGACACUGAAAUGCCAGCCAGGCGUUCUCUUCGCACUCGCUUUCGUGAUGGGGAUAGGGUAGAGGCUCCACAUGCUGCUGUCGUGGAGACUAAGAAGAAGAGAGGCAAAAGCAGUAGCCCAUUCGAUAUCUGGGCGCGGAAAAAGCAGUCGCCUGCAGAAGUGUCUACGGGCAAGAAACUAAACAAUUGGCUUCCUUCGAGCAACUUGGAAUAUGUCUUUCUCUACCGCAAUUCGCACAACUCUUCAGAGCGCAUCAACAACGGCAUAUGGCUUCUGGCUCACGUUAAGUCCUCCAGCACACCACUCCUUGCCAACCAGAAGAAGCUAACAUCUAGUCAACGCAGACUUCCUGGAGCAGGCGUUGUCAAAACCAUUCUCCGGUCCACCGUUGCCUCGCCAGAUGGCGGGUUCAGCUGGGUUCUGGUCGAUGCUGAACAUGGCUUGAUUUCGGAUAAGGACUAUUACGAGCUCAAUAAUGCCAUCGGAUCAGAAGGCGCCAGUCCCAUUAUACGUGUUCCAUGGGCAGAAGAGUGGAUGAUCAAACGUGCUUUGGACUCUGGGGCUCACGGGAUCAUGACACCCAUGUGCCAUUCAGCAGAAGAUGCUGCCCGAGUCGUUAAAUACUGCAAAUAUCCACCAACUGGAAGCCGUGGGUACGGUCCUAUGUUUGCCGCCCACGCUCUACCCCGGGGAACCAGCCACGACGACGGGGCGAAUGAUAGUUUAAUGGUCGUUGUACAAAUCGAGUCGAGGUCCGGAGUGGAAAAUGUGGAGGAGAUUGCCAAGGUUGAUGGAAUCGACGUGCUGUUCAUUGGACCCUUCGAUCUCGCCAAACAGACUGGCGUUGUCCGGGGUGGAGAGGAGCACGAAGCAAUGAUUCAGCGCACCCUGAAGGCUGCAAAGGCUGCAGGGAAGAAAGCCGCUAUCUUCUGUACGGAUGGUCUCGAUGCCCAAAAACGUGCCGAGCAGGGAUUCGAGAUGGUUUCCAUCAUUACUGAUGUCGGUGCGUUGGGCCAAGUUAUGCUGCAGCAGCUGGAUGUCGCCAAGGGUAAGGGAGCAGAGGGUCAGGGCAAACAGCGAAGCGGUUAUUAG